UCCACUAAUGCUAAUCAACAUAUUGAUUUGAUGUACUGGUUUUUUUAGUACAGCUCAGUGUGCUAAAGCUAAUUGUAUAAACAGUAUUCUCUAUUAAACAUCUCUUCACUUUGCCAUUGUUUUCUGCUACCAUCCGUAAAGCUCUUCACUUUGCUCUCAGUCUUGAGUCUCAAAUUCACAUGGACUACUUUUGCUCUGCCAUCUGUGUUUUGAACUAGACAAAUAGCUCUGUCCUGUUGCCAAUUAAAAUUCAUCUUCCCUUCUUCCUGAGUUUAUUUUUCAUUUUGUUCUUUUCAUUGUUUCCUUUCUGUUUGCAUCUGUUAUCCCAAAGGAAGGAAAAUGGCUUUGGAUACCAUUCUUGCCAUUGUGCCCACCAUUAUUGAGUUCACUGUUGUCCCUAUUAAACGACAUCUCUGUUACGCUUUCAACUACAAAAGCAAAGUGGAAAAACUCAAGAAUCAGCUCCAAAAGUUGACGAGACAAAGAGAUGAUUUGCGGCAGUCUGUUGAUCAGGCAACAAGACAAGGAGACAGGAUCAACAAUAGUGUUCAAGAGUGGCUGACUUGUGUGAACAAAGCCAUCGAAGAAGCUGAGGAAAUUCUCAUCGGUGAACAACAAGCAAAGGGAAAGUGUUUAUUCGGAGUGAUUCCUGAUUUGAAGAAGCGCUACCAGCUUAGCAAGAAAGCAGACAAGGAAGCUUUAGCAGUCGUUGAGCUCCAGGAUGAAGGCAGAUUUGAUCGGAUUUCCUACCGUCCCCUCCUAGAGCCUAUAGUGGUUCCAUCUAUAUAUGAUAAUGAGGCCUUGCAUUCAAGAGUGUCUAUUUUGAAGAAAGUUAUGGAUGCACUGAUGGAUCCUGCUGUUGACAUGAUAGGAGUGUAUGGAAUGGGUGGUAUUGGAAAAACCACCCUAGCGAACGAAGUCCACAGGAAAGCAAUAGAAGACAAGUUGUUCGAUGUUGUAGUUAUGGCUACAGUAUCUGAGACACCAGAGCUUAGAAAAAUUCAAGGGACCAUUGCUGAUAUGCUGGGUCUGAAAUUCGAAGAGGAGACUGAAGAAGGAAGAGCAUGUCGACUGCAUCAACGGUUAGUAAAUGAGAAGAAGAUCCUCAUUAUUUUGGAUGAUAUUUGGGAAAAACUUGAACCGAAGAAAGUAGGCAUUCCUUUUGGAAGCGAUCACAAAGGAUGUAAAUUAUUACUGACCUCAAGAAGAGAAGAUAUACUGUCUAGAGAGAUGGGCACCCAAGAAAGUUUUGAGCUUCGAGUUCUAUCAGAAGCAGAGGCAUGGAGUUUAUUUCAGACAAUGGUGGGUGACAUUACAAAUCAGGCCUUGCAUUCUGUAGCUACUGAAGUAGCUAAAAAAUGUGCAGGCUUGCCUGUUUUAAUUGUCACAGUUGCAAGAGCUUUGAAGAAUAAGGACUUACACGAAUGGAAGCUUGCCUUGAAGGAAUUAUCUAGGGUUGAUAAUGAAGGAAUUCAGGCAAAAGUGUACUCAGCUUUAGAGUUGAGUUAUAACCAUCUUGCGAGUCAUGAGGCCAAGUCAUUGUUCCUGCUUUGUGCGCAAAUUGCUCAGGGUGAUAUUCAAAUCAGAGACUUGUUGAUUUACAGCAUGGGUUUGGAUUUGCUUAGAAGCAAAUAUACGGUGGAGGAUGCAAGAAACAGAGUAGAUAAAUUGGUCAGUAACCUGAAAGCCUCUUGCUUGCUACUUGAUUGUAACAAGAAUGGGUAUGUGAAAAUGCAUGACGUUGUUAGAGAUGCUGCUCUCUCAAUUGCAUCUAAAUCUCAACAUUUGUUAACGUUCAGAGAUAUUGAAUCAAAGAUAUGGCCAAACAGAGAUCUCAAAAACUGCUCUAGAAUUUAUUUGCCUUACUGUGAAAUUGAUGAGCUUCCUGAAAGGUUGGAGUGCCCAGAAUUAGAGUUACUUGUACUUGGAAGGGGAAAUAUUCAUUCGAAAUUUUUUGAGGGGAUUACAAAGCUCAAAGUACUGCGUUUCACUGGGAUGUGCUUAUGGUCGCUUUCUCCAUCUCUUGGUUACUUGACAAACCUUCUUACCUUGUGUUUAGAUAGAUGCGUAUUGCGGGAUGCAUCUGUUAUCGGUGAACUGAAAAGAUUAGAGAUCCUGAGUUUUCGUGAAUCUAAGAUAGAACAGCUGCCUAGAGAAAUAGCGCAGCUGACAGGGCUGAAAUUGUUAGAUUUGAGCAACUGUUACAAACUCCAAGUGAUUCCAGCAAAUGUCAUAUCAAGGUUGUCCCUAUUAGAGGAAUUGUACAUGCAAAAUAGCUUUUGUCAAUGGGAGCUUCAAAGUCUCAGCAAUUCAAGCAAAGCAAGCCUUGCUGAGUUGAAACACCUGUCUCACUUGACAACAUUGGAAAUAGACAUUCCAGACUCCAAGAUGUUACCAAAGGACUUGUUCUCCAGUAAGUUGGAAAGGUAUAGAAUUGUCAUUGGAAAAAGAUGGUAUUGGGCCGAUAAGUAUGAAUCCUCCAGGAUGCUAGAGCUUAAUACAAGCGUUUACUUGGAUCAUGGAGUUGGUAUUUUGUUGAAGGAAACGGAAGAUUUAUCUUUAAAUGAAGUGAAGGGGAUAAAGAGCAUUUUGUAUGACCUGAACUGGGAAGGCUUUCCACAUUUAAAGCAUCUACAAAUCCGAAAAGGUUAUGACAUUCAGUAUGUUAUUAACUCAACAGCGCGGGUCCUUAAUUCUGAUGCCUUUCCCAUCCUGGAGUCUCUGUAUUUGGAGAAUUUGGUGAGCCUGGAAAUGCUUUUCCAUGGCCAACUCACAGCAGGGUCUUUCACUAGAUUAAGCAUCUUAAAAGUCAAUGAAUGCAAUAGAUUGAAGAAUCUCUUGUCAAUCGCCAUGAUUAGAAGCCUUUCUCAACUUCGAGAAAUGGAAGUAAGCAAUUGCAAAAGCAUGGAAGAAAUUGUGCUUGAUGAUAGUAGAGUUGGAGAUGACAAAAUUGAAGUGGCUGAGUUUUCUCAAUUACGCUCCCUGACACUAUGUGGUCUGCCGAUACUCAAAAGCUUUUGGUUCAAAGUGAAGGCAAUGCCUGCAUUGCAAAUGCAAACGACAAAUGAACAAGGAUUCGAAGGAGUUGCAUUACAAGAUGAGUUCCACACUCCAUUGCCUCUUUUUGACAAAAUGGUUUCCUUCCCCAAAUUAGAGGUCUUGAAAGUAAACUCAGUAGGAUGUGAAAACAAGAUUGAUGAAUUAUUCUCUGGAGAUUCUUCAAACUCAAUGAGCUCAUCAUCUGUCUUGGCCUGCCAGGAUUUGAAGUAUUUAUUUACUACUUCAUUUGUCAAAACCCUUUUGCAACUGAAGAAACUUGAGAUAGAAGAUUGUGAGUUCAUAGAAGGGAUAAUACUCACAGAAGAAUUUGUUGAAGAAAUGAUGAAUAAGAUACUCUUCCCUAAUCUAAAUGAGCUGAAGCUCAAGAAUCUUCCAAAUCUCAUAAGAUUCUGUGAUGGCCAUUUAAUUGACUUUUGCUGUUUGACCAAAAUAUCUAUAGAGAAAUGCCCUGCAUUUAAGACUUUUGUCUCGAAUCCUCUAUGUGCAGAUAUUAUGGUCAGUAAAAAACCCAAAGAAGUGGAUUUGGACAGAACCCAAGACAUCACAUCUCCACCUCUAUUUGAUGAAAAGGUUGCAUUUCCUAGCUUGGAGGAAAUGUACAUUGUCAGCAUGAGUAACUUGGAAAGGACAUGGCACACCCAACUCCCUGAAGGUUCCUUUUGCAAACUAAAUAUAUUGAGGAUUCAGGAUUGUAAAAUCUUAAAAACUCUUUUUCCAUCGAAUAACUUGGCAAGAUUCCAAAGAUUGGAGCGGUUGGAUUUAUUUGAUUGUCAUUCACUGCAAGAGAUAUAUCAACUUCAAGGGUUCAAUGCUGAAGAAGCAAGUUCUGUACUGUCAUUUGAUUUGAAACAACUGUAUAUAUCUGGCUUCCGAGGAUUGAAGCACAUAUGGAGUAAAGAUCCACAAGGAAUUCUCACCUUCCAAAAUCUGGAAUCCAUACAUCUGCUAAAUUGUAAGAUUCUUAAAAAUCUCUUUCCCUCCUCCAUAGCUAAAGAACUUUUGAAACUUGGAAGUCUUGAAUUGGAUUCUUGUGGGAUAGAGGAGAUAGUUACAAAGGCAGAUGGUGUAGAAGCAGCCCCUUGUUUUGUGUUCCCUAGACUAGUCUCCAUGAGACUUAAAGGUCUACCGAAAAUUAGGAAUUUUUAUCCAGGGACCUGCCAUUUGGAAUUCCCAAAAUUAAAAUAUUUGACUCUGCUUCGAUGCCGAAAAGGAAUACAAUUUGCUUCAGAUUUCUUUAAUCUCCAAGAAAAGUAUGGAGAGGAUCAAUGCAACAACUCAAUUCAACAACCCAUGUCCUUGGCCGAAAAGAUUUUCAUCAGUUUGGAGCAGUUGUCAUUAGAUGGUCGAGUCAUUGAGGCGAUAAUCCAAUAUCAAUUCCAAAAGAAGUUCUUCAAUGUAAAAUCGAUUAGCCUCCACCACAUUCAAGAUAAAUCAUCUAUUGCUCUUUUUGGAUUCCUUCAAAGAUUAUCCAAUCUGGAAAGUCUAUGUGUGAGGGAUUCCUCUCUCGAAGAGUUAUUCCGAAAUGAAGGACUUGAUGAUGGCACUACAGUACCACUGAUAAGAAAGUUAAAUCUGUAUCACCUUCGUGAUCUGAAACAUAUGUGGAAGCCACACCCUAAACUGGAUCUUGUUCUUGCAUAUGUGGAAGCUAUGACUGUAUGGGCUUGUUCUAAUUUGAUCAAUCUAGCACCAUCAUCUGCAUCUUUCCAAGAUCUAACGACUUUAGAAGUUAGUUUUUGCAAAGCAUUGAAGUAUCUGGUAACAUCAUCAGCUGCCAAAAGUAUGGUGCAACUCCUGACGAUGAAGAUUCGAACUUGCAAGAUGUUGACAGAAAUAGUAACAGAUGAAGGAGAUGGAACAGAAGAAAUUGUGUUCUGCAAAUUGAAAACUUUGGAACUCGUCCAUUUGAAAAGCCUAACAGGCUUCUGCUUGGGGGGUCUAACUUUCAAAUUCCCAUGUUUGGAAGUAAUAACCAUAAGCGGAUGCCCCAAUAUGAGGAUCUUCUGUGGGGGAAGCUUAAGCACACCAAAGCUGCAGUGUGUAGAUCUGCAUGCAAUACAUUUUCAAAGUUGGCGUUGGGAGGGCAACCUUAAUGCCACAGUACAGCAGUCGUAUUUGGAAAUGGAAGGAUUUUAUCACAUUUGGAAUAUGAAACUCUCUAAAUUUCCCCAUUUAAGGGACAAAUGGCAAAGCCAACUUCCCUUGAAUUUUUUAGUCAACAUAAGCAAAUUGGCAGUGGACAAGUGUGAAUUUUUGUCAAAAGCCUUAUCAUCAAAUCAAAUGCAGUUCUUGAAAAGAUUGAAGGUGCUCAUUGUAGAACAAUGUGAUUCACUAGAAAAAAUAUUUGAUUUGGAAGGGAUGAAUGCAGAUGAAGGGCAUGCUGGGCUGAUGCCAUGGUUACAGGAAUUGCAUUUAAUUGAUCUACCGAAGCUGAGGCAUAUAUGGAGCAAGGAUCCUCAAGGGAUUUUGACUUUUAAAAACCUGAAACUGCUGAAGUUGUAUAACUGCAGCAGCUUGAGAAAUAUAUUUACUCUUCCCAUGGCAUUGGAGCUUGUGCGAUUAGGGAGUAUGGAAGUAAAGAGAUGUACUAUGUUGGAGCAAAUCAUCAAUAAAGAAGGGGAAAGAGAAGAUGAAGAAGUGUGGGAUAAGACCAUAUUCCCUUCAUUACAAUCCAUCAGUCUUGAGAGUUUGCCUAGCUUAGCAAGUUUUUAUUCUGGAAGUGACGUUUUGAGAUGUCUGUCCUUAAAACAAGUUGAUAUAGUCGACUGCCCGAAGAUGAUGAAUCCCUUUCCACAGUUUCAGUAGAAAAUGACCCCAGCAGCCCAGCAUGAUUGUUAAGGGCGCCUUUCAAGGGCAAAUUCUGUCAAGAUCAGCAAUAGCAAAAGGAAAACUGAAGGUAUCCUUCAUUUGCACUUUUGGGCAAAGCCGGAGUAAUGCAGAUGUUCCUUAGUAGCACUCCUCAAACACAGGUUUUUUUCGCAGGUGAAGUUAUAUGGGAGGUCUUUUAGUUCAUGAUGUCAAGCUUUUUCAUUCUCUCUCUUUUUGUUGAAUACAACUAUUUGGCAAGCUUCUGAAUUUGUGCUCAACUUGUAUUCUCUGUGUUACCUCUAUUUUGAAUUUAUGGACCUCAAUUUGUGCUAUAUGUAAUCAUUUAU